AUGGCUACUGUAAGAGAAUAUGGUAAACCAGAUUAUUUUAUAACAGUAAUCUGUAAUCCUAAGUGGCCUAAAAUAACUGGAACACUUUUAGAUGGACAAAAACCUAAUGAUAGACAAGAUCUUGAAUCAAGAUAA